AUGUCUGAUGCCACCAUGACUGUUCAACUAGACAAUAACCAGUCGAUCAUUGACUAUUGCCGCUCUUGUCCAGAGGAUCAGCUUACUGGAGGCUUGAGGUCUGGUAACCAAGUCGUUAAGCUACCAGAUUAUGACUUGGUAGUCAAGUUCGGCCCGUUUGUCUCCUCCUAUAAGGCAAAGAAUCAGCAAAAAGCAUACAGUAUAAUUAAUCCAGAUAUCGUUAUAGUCCCUUCGGUUCAUAAAUUUUUUAUGGACGAUGAGGGUUGGGGCUAUAUAAUAUCGGAUUUUAUUCAGGGCAAGAUUAUCGAUAAUCUUUCAGACUCUCACAUUCAAAGACUCGCCUACAUUCUUGAGUAUUUUCGCUCUAUUACCGCCGAUAGGGCUGGUAGUCUAUGUGGUGGCCCUUCAAUUGGCUUGCUCUGGCCAGAUACAAACGAUCUGACCAUUAGCAAUGUUCAGCAAGUGGAAGAAUGGUUUAAUAGCCGGCUUUUUCCCAGGGAUGGUAAGGUUCAUUUUGAUCCUACCCCACUGGUGCUCUGUCAUUUAGACAUAGCCCCCCGAAACAUUAUCUGGUUAGAUGAUGGCCGUAUCUGUUUAUUGGACUGGGCAUCAGCAGGAUUUUAUCCGAGACUAUUGGAAUUUGCCAGUCUAUUCUUUCAAGAAUACCAUUUUAGCGAGAUGCUUCUGAAAGCAGUCGGUUUCGACUAUGGUCGUGAUAAAGAAGAACAGCAGAGGAUCUGCCAGGCAUUGUAUAACAAUGAAAGGUACUCCUUUGAUCGCCGCUACAACGCCUGCGGUGUGAAAUUCAACCCGGAGGAGAACAGCCAUCUCAUCGAAUUAAUCAUGGACGGCGGCGACGAAUACCCCGUCCGACGCUCAUGGUUCCCUGAGAGGCUAGAUCCAGGCGACAAGGUGACCCUCGAUAUGCCCACGCGCUCGGAGUGGGUAAUCGACAGAAUGCUCAAUAAGCACAGCUACCAAUGCGCAGACCGGUCUCUCGGCUCUUACGCAUGUCCUCUGUUCGAAUGCCACAAUGCUAUAGGUGGACAACAGGCUUUUAUGCGCGUUUACGCCCAAGUUCCACAUACCUGUUAUGCCACCGCCACCCUCGCCAGGUGGCCGAAGACAAUCAUCUGA